CUCCAGCAUCUUCACAAGCUGCACAUUGUACAUAUGGACUUGAAGAUGGAAAAUGUGCUUGUAACUCCGUCCGGCCACAUAUGCAUUGCAGAUUUUGGCAAUGCUGAAGUCCUAGAUUGCAAACUGACCUAUCAGCAAUUUCACGACGAGCACAUGCAUGGUGUAUCGGGUACCAAGAGUUACCUUUCUCCAGAGCGAGUUGAGGGAAACCAGUGA